AGGAACUGUGGGCUGGGAGAAACCCAGGCAGGUGUCUGUGGGCCUGCAUAGGCAAUUACCGCCUUUAUACAGAGGACCUGAUGUCACUGUCUCCAAACAGUUAUGUAGAAAGUGAGGUAUGUGUGUAUGUGUAUGUGUAUCUUUAUCUUUCCAGGUUGUGAAUGCAUACCUUACAGUUUUAACAAGGGCAGCGGACAGGCCAAUGGUGGUCCUAGACAGCCUCUACCUGACGGCACUGUGGGAAGGAACUGCCAGGCCCCUGAAGAAGCUCAAUCUGCUCAAUUAUGAAGUGGCAGUUGGGGGAGUGUGCCACAACAGCCAUUGGACAUUAAUUGUCAUAUAUAUAAAGGAGCAUAGGGCCGUGUUUCUGGAUCCCUUUGGGGCAAGACAGGACCAGAUAAAACAUUGCCAAGAUAUAACUAGAGGACUACUACGCAGGUACAUCCCUGCUCUCCCCCGAUGGUCCUGCACCACAUUGCCCCACCCUAGACAGAGGGAUGGUAGUUCCUGUGGGGUGUUCAUUUGCAAGCUUGCAGAACGAAUUCUCUCUGGGGAGCUGCCACAUUACCGUGUCGACCCAGAGGGAGUUGCAGCUCUUAGAAAGGAGAUACUUACAACACUCCUCCAGGCCACAGACAACUUGAAAAACCGAUGCCACGUUUGUGGCAUCAAUUGGGAAAAUGUCUCUCUAGACGAGGAUGAAGAGGGAGACAUUCACUGGAUCCAGUGUGAUGGCUGUGACAAGUGGUUCCACAGCACGUGUGUUGGGAACCCACCAGUUGAUGUGGAUUAUUAUUGCUUUUUGUGCCUGUCUUUACCACCACCAAACUAGGUGGGGUUACUGGCAUAUCCCGACAACACUAUCUGUCUCCACUCUCUCCCUCCACCCUGUGUCUCAUUCAUCCUUCAGCCUGAAGGUCUCAUCUAUAAGGAGGGCUGUCCUGAAUCAACUGGGCUGACCACCCAAGACAGAGCCCCCAUCUUGAGACCCAUCUCAACCAUCACAUCUAUCCAUCAUCAAUAAAUAUCUUUUAUCGGAUACCAUAAUUGUGGUGUGGUCCGUGAUAGUGAAUGUAGCACUGCCCUAUUUUUACAAUUUGUUUUGUGAUGAAUUUCUUAUACAUAAAUUAUUGUUGGUAUUCAUUUUUUUAUGAUGUUCAAUGACAAUGGCAAUAAAGUUUUCUU